UAGCGAAGUGGGCCCAAGAAUGUGGUGACGGAUAAUUAGGGUGAGGGCGUUCACACCCAAUAAUUUCUAAUCUUUCAAUUGUAUUGUGACAAGCAAUGAUAAUGAUGAUUAUGAUUAUUAUUAUGAUUAUUAUUAUCUGAGCAUCCAUGAAGAAAAAGAAAGAAAGAGAUCCAAAUUCAUAACAAAGUAACCAUUUUUCGACAUGAGUCUGCUGAAGGAGAAUGUAACAGGUCUUAUUCUAGCGUUGGUUUCAAGUGCCUUCAUUGGUUCAAGUUUCAUUAUUAAGAAACAAGGCCUUAGAAGAGCAGCUUCUGUUUUUGGUGUCAGGGCUGGGGUUGGUGGCUAUUAUUAUCUCUUGGAACCAUUAUGGUGGGUUGGGAUGAUCACAAUGAUUGUAGGAGAGGUUGCAAACUUUGUUGCAUAUGCUUUUGCUCCUGCUGUUCUAGUUACCCCUCUUGGUGCAUUAAGUAUUAUUGUGAGUGCUGUUUUAGCUGACCUUAUUCUUAAAGAGAAGCUACAUAAGCUUGGGGUAUUGGGCUGUGUAAUGUGCAUUGCUGGUUCUAUCAUUAUUGUUAUUCAUGCUCCUAAGGAAGAUCCUAUCUCAUCUGUUCUACAGAUAUGGAAUAUGGCUACUCAACCAGCAUUUCUGGCAUAUGUGGGGUCGGUAGUAGUAUUGGUUUUCAUUCUGGUUUUCCAUUUUGCACCAAGAUGUGGACAUACCAAUGUGCUAGUUUAUACCGGCAUUUGUUCGUUGAUGGGUUCCCUCUCCGUGAUGAGUGUCAAAGCACUGGGAACUUCUUUGAAAUUAACUAUUGAAGGGAAAAAUCAGUUAGUUUAUCCAGAGACAUGGUUUUUCAUGUUAGUUGUGGCCAUAUGCGUCGUCAUGCAAAUGAAUUAUCUUAAUAAGGCUCUUGACACUUUCAACACAGCAAUUGUUUCUCCUAUAUACUACGUCAUGUUUACAACACUUACAAUACUGGCCAGUGUAAUAAUGUUCAAGGAUUGGGAUGGCCAAAGUGGUUCAACUAUUGCGUCAGAAAUAUGCGGUUUUAUUGUCGUGCUAUCAGGCACAAUAAUGUUACAUGCGACCAAGGACUUCGAGAGAACCCACUCGUUUAGAGGUGGCACACCUUCGUCGCCUACAUUAUCUGUCCGGCUUUAUAACGGAAAUGGAGACAUGUUACACAAGGAAGACGAAGAAAAUGAAUCUCCCGAGUGCAUUUCAAGAAGGCAAGAUUUAUGUUAGAUGAUUGACAUUAAAAGGUCUUAAUUAGGGGAAGGUGAACCUUUCUCUAGAAAAUUGAUUUGAGAACCCUGGCAUAUGAUUGCAUGCACCUACGCGGUAGUAAUGUAACCAUAGAAUGUUGGGAGAAUUAUAAAGCUAUUCUUUCAUUAUUUGCAAGAUGGUUCUAGGAACUAAUUUUUGCAAGGUGCAUAUUGUACAGUGUGUCCUCAGUUGCUCGUGUUAAUAGAUAAGGUCAUUGGAUUAAGAUUACUUAAUUUCUCUUUGUGAGGCUCUUUUUACAUGAAUGAAGAAAAUGAGGAUAGAGAUUAGUUUGUCAGAAGAACCAUCUACAUGGUGAUUAUGUUUUAUUUUGGUUUUGUUUUUAUAUUAUGCAUUUGUUUUGCAAUUUGGCUUUAGUAUACAUGACUCAUUUGUGGUUUGUAAUUAGAGGGAUGUACAAAUGAUUAAGCAAUUUCUUUUUAAAAUUGUAGUUUACUAGUUUCAUAUGAAUAUGAGAAAUAUUUUCUCAUUUGUAAA